UCGAGGCCACGCCCCCUGCCACCGUUCACGUUGUAAUCUCGGCGCUGUGAAAAGGCUGAAGACUGCGUACCGCUUCACACAACCUGUUGACGAGCCACCCGAGUCGUCUGACGCUCACUUGAGGCGCUGACAUGGGGGAAGAUGCCCGACCCAACUGGGACAGUCCCGUGCAGUUCCUAUUGGCCUGUGUUUCUUAUGCCGUUGGACUGGGGAAUGUUUGGCGAUUCCCGUACCUGUGCCAGAUGCACGGGGGAGGUGGAUUCUUGAUUCCAUAUCUGCUGAUGCUGUUUCUUGAGGGUGUGCCUUUAUUCUACAUGGAGCUCGCCAUUGGUCAAAAGAUGCGCUUGGGAAGCAUUGGGGCCUGGUCGGCCAUUAACCCAUAUUUGGGAGGAGUGGGUCUUGCUAGUAUUGUAGCCUCCGUGUAUCUUUGCCUCUACUACAACAUCAUCAAUGCAUGGAGCUUCUGGUACCUCUUUAAUUCAUUUCAAUCAUUCCUGCCCUGGUCAGACUGCCCUGUCAAUUCCAACCUGACAGGACCCCUGGAAGAAUGCCAAAAGGCUUCUUCGACCAAGUACUUCUUUUUUAGAGAAACACUAAACAUUUCUUCUUCGAUUGAAGAGAAUGGAGGCAUCCAUACAGGUCAGGUUUUGUGUUUUGUGCUGGCCUGGGUGAUCACCUACCUCUUCAUUAUCCAUGGAAUUAAGUCAUCUGGGAAGGUGGUUUACUUCACAGCCACGUUUCCUUAUGUGGUGCUCGUUAUCUACCUCAUCAGGGGUUUGACUCUUCCUGGUGCCAUCCAUGGUAUCACAUACAUGUUCACCCCCAAGAUGGAAGAACUGGCCAAUCCGACUGCAUGGAUAAAUGCUGCCACUCAGAUUUUCUUUUCCCUGGGUUUGGGAUUUGGGUCGCUCAUCGCGUUUUCCAGCUACAAUCAGUACAACAAUAAUUUUGAGCACCAGGCCUUCACUGUCGCCAUCAUUAACAGCGGAACCUCCAUUUUUGCUUCCAUCGUCACCUUUUCCAUCUAUGGAUUUAAAGCCACAGUUAACUAUGAGAACUGCCUGGAGAGGAUGCGCAUAUUGCUGCUAAAUUCCUUUAACCUCGCAGAGGAUACUAUCAACAAGAGCAAUGUGCUUGACUGGAUUAAAACACUCAAUGCAACUUACCCAGAGCAGUUUGCUGAACUUGGCAAUAAAGUGGAAGACUGUGACCUAAACGAUGAACUAGACACGGCAGUAGAAGGGGUUGGUCUGGCUUUCAUUGUGUACAGUGAAGCCAUUCAAAACAUGCCCCUACCUCAGUUAUGGUCAGUGCUGUACUUCAUCAUGCUUCUGCUUAUUGGAUUGGGCAGCAUGCUGGGCAACAUGACUGCUAUCACCACCCCACUACGAGACUUGAAGAUACUGUCCAAAGUUAGCAAUGAAGUUUUCAAUGGGAUAUUGUGUCUGAUCUUUCUGCUGCUUGGCCUGGCCUUCACCACCCCAUCUGGAAAUUACUGGUUUACCAUGUUCAAUGACUACGGAGCAUCUUUCUCCCUGCUAUUUGUCGUCCUCAUUGAGAUUAUAACUGUCAGCUACCUUUACGGAAUUAAAAGGUUCGAAAAAGACAUAGAAGACAUGCUUGGCCACCGUCCAAACUGGUAUUUGAAGAUCAUGUGGAUGAUAGUCAGUCCUCUUCUCCUAAUAGCCCUCUUCAUCUUCUAUAUUGUCAAUUAUAUCAGAGGAGGGACACCCACCUACCAAGCAUGGGACAAGGAGCUGGGAAAGACGGUGGUGACGGACUAUCCUAUAUUUGGUCAAGUCUUCAUUGCCAUCCUACUGGCCUCCGCAGUCAGCUGUGUUCCCCUCACAGCUCUCUAUGUGUACUGCACAAACAGGAAACAUUCUACUUCUAUUAAAGAAAGCGCCAUAUCUGCGUAGUGCGCCUCCAAUCAGAUGAUAAAGCGUGCCUUUCGUGGGACGAGCGACGAGCUUCCAGAGUCCCAUUUAUUUCCCUUUAUUCUAUUCCAUUUUGUUGAUAUGGCACAAUUUCACAAUGUUUUUUUUCAAGGCACUUUACACAGGUCACGGCAGAUCUAGAGCCAAACUCCUCACCCCUGCGUGAGCAAGGAAAACUUCUCUUCUGUGGAAGGAGACUUGCCGGUAUUACUCCUACUAGAAACAAAUAUGCUGUAGUCGCAGUGUUAUUUACAGCUCUGUAAGCAGGAAUCGCAAGGGGGAGAAAUGUGAAAGCAAUGAUGAUGAGGUGAUGCGAACUGAGGAAAGGAAGAAUCCGGAAUUCUAGUAAGCACUCAAGCAGCAGCUGGAGUGUCUAUUGGAGCGACUUGCUGGAGCAGCCUGGCCAACAAGCUUUCUUCCUGUUCAAGUGGAAUUUUGCCUGUGCCGCUGUUGCCAAACUUAAUUGGAACGCACAAUUGUCAAUAUUUGGCGGCACUUUGGCAAAUGACUUGGGUUUAGAGCUGAGCGAAAGCUAAAUUGUCUGUGAAGUUGGUGUUAACUGUUAUUUGUUAAAGUUGCUGUAUGAAUGGUUUUCUACAAUGUUAUUCAUGUUAUAUACGGUUCUUGAUUGUAUGUUUUAACAGGCCCAACAUCUGCUGUAGUAUCCUUGUAAAUAUCUUAUUUGAAAUGCAUUGGAGCAGUUGCAUUGUACAAAGUAUGAUUAGGUACUGACAUCAUUGCCUCAUAUCCUCUGAAAUAUGAAAUGUAAACUAUGUAGAUAAUGUAGAUAGAUUUUUUGAAAUAGUCUUAACUAUACAAUAUGAAUCCACAUGAAUCAUAAUAUUCCAUGUUCUGACCCAAAUUGAUGUGAAGA